UUUUUUUUUUUUAUUAGCUAGUGUAUUGAUCUACUACUACUUGAAUUAUGGCACAAGCAGGGUAUCAAAAUAUCCCUAUGGAACUUAAAAUAUGCUCAGCAAACCAAACUAGUUCAGAAUCAGAGAAAUCAAAUAGAAAUACCCAAUUUUCAUCAAAUGCUACCGAAAAACAACAGCCAACUAGAUCAUCUAGUAAAAAUUCAAAUUUAAGCAAAUACAGCUACUCAAUUGAGCCAGCAGAUUCAAUUUAUUCAAAAGGAUCUAGUAAUAGUUAUCGUUUAAGUCGCCCCCCACCACCUUCGACUCCAAUUGAUGCAAUUAAUAAACUCGAAGUAGAAUCUGCUUCAACUGCUUCUAUACCGAUAUCAAUUCCGUAUUAUUACAUUGCAACCAAUUCCAAUUCUCUCGAUACGGUGAAUUUAUUUGGUAAUCCCAAUAAAAAAGGUCAUCAACCAAAAUACUCCAAUACUUCCCAUAUAAACUCUCCUAUACAAGCACCAAAACCAAUUCAUUCAAAUAUCCCUAAACCAAACCCGCAAAUACAAAAUAAGGAAAUCGAUGCAGAAAUAAGAGAUGAUGCUUACUUUAAUCAACUGCCCAAAAGAUAUUCUCAAUUCACCUCUGACCAAAGAAAUCCAUUUACAAAUCAAAAAUCUGAUAAGAUUUCAUUAAGUUCAAUAUCUAGCACUGAUCCCGUUAAGCAAUCCCUAAAUGGAUCAAGGAAACCAAGCAUAAGAAGAAAUCUUGAUUAUAGAAAGUCUUCAACAAGUUCUUCGGCAGGUGCUGCUAGAUCUCGUAAAUCUAUCCAAAAUUCAAAUCAAACUAAAUACAACUCUAGCUCUUAUUCUGAAUUAGAUCCACUUCUGAGAACUUCAUCCGGUGAUAUUUCCAAUUCAAUGGGUUCACAAGCAACCAUUUUUUCUACAAGACAAGAAUUGGAUCAAAAUAAUCUUCAUACCCGAUCCCGACUGAAAAGAUCGAAAACAAGAGCAAGAUUAUAUACAACUGAUAGUGAUUCUACUCUCAGUAGACGGAAAGCAAUAAAAUUUAAAGAUGGUAGUUGGAUUUAUAGAUUAAGAUUAAGAAUUAACAAAAUGAUUAAUAAAUUUAAACAAUUAAAAUUCAGAAAUUUCACUGCAUCUUCUAAAAGAACAACUACUAUCAGUUCAAGAACUAAAAAACAAAGAAAAUUAUUAAGAGCAAAAUCAAUGUUACGUAAAAAAUUUCUGUCAAAUACUAACGAACCUCAACCUUCAAUUAGGGACAAAAUUUCAGCCCCCCAAAAUAAUCCAAGAUUGGGUUUGGAUAAAAUUGAAACUGUGAGUGUUGUCGAUGAUGAAUUAAAAUUUUUAGCAGGUGCCCCAGAAGAUAAUCUUCGUAUAAGUGCUUCAGAAGUUAAACCUAAAUCUUCUGAUAAAUACUCCCAUUUAGCAUCUUACAUCGAUCAACAACAAAAUACUUAUUCACAAUUAGAAAGAAAUCGUUUUGGUUCAACUCGUGAAGCUGGUGAUACUUCUUAUUUUAACGAUGAAGGAAAUAUGAGUCCAGGUGAAAAACAAAGAAGAGAUCAAACAGGCUCUUUAGAUCCUGGACGUAAACCUUCUGUCAAAAGUAAUAACAAUACUGAUGUUACUAGCAGUUCUACUCCUCCUAUUCCUCCACCUCACCUUCAAGAAACUUUCUUUCAAAGUUUGGCUGCUAAUAAUUCUCAAUCUGAAGUAAUUGAAUUAUGGAAAAGCUAUCUUAGUCAUGUUCUUUCAAAAAGAAUUCAAUUAAGACAAGAAAUUAACUUAUUCAGAACUUUUAUUGCUAAUGAACCAAAUCAUGGACACAACGCGUUUGAAAUUUACCAAGAUAAGUCUGAAAAUAACCAAACUGAUAAAUCUGAAAAUACAAAUGAAAAGCUUGAUAAUUUGCAACUUACCAACCUAAAUGAACACAUUAAGUCAAGACAUUUAUCAUCUAAGGAGGAUUCGCAAAUUUCAAGUCAAGAACCAUCAAAUUCUGGCGAAUAUUCUUCAAGUGCUGGUUCUGAUAAUUUCACUGACACUGCGUCAGAUGCAACUAGUGAAUUAAUUGAUGUUGACUCAACCACUGAAAAAUUCCAAUCUAAGUGUCUUAACAGACGCUCUGUUUUAGGUGAUAUGCUUGAUUACGACUCCUCUGAUAAUGAUCUGAUGUUAUCAGCGGCUCAAAGUUUGAGUAAUGAUGAUAACAGUGAAAGUGGAGCAUCUCGUCUGCAAGCUAUGUCAAACUCAUCUUUCAGUUAUUCACCUAGCUUUAGUGGUAGCAUGGCUUCAGACAUCGGCUUAAACAAGAGAUAUGGUACAAUUUCAAGAAAAUCAACAAUCAACUCAAAAAACAACGAAAACAGGCCGUUUAGUCCAAUGAGACGAUCUCAAGGUAUUCAGUUGAAUUUAAAUAGCUUGAAUGAGGUUUAGUCAAUCUAUAUAUAAGACAAAUAUCAUGCAAAACUACAAAGAUGC